AUGCUUCCUGGUCAACGUGAUCCUGGAUUCGCGCAAAUUUAUAUCUGUGAUCCAGAUGAGCAAGUCAACAUACGCAGCUCAUUGAACGGUGGCCUUGAUCAGGAUAUCACACGGCAGCUUCAAGAGAUGUUGUUCACUGAAAACCCUCUUGCUCGCAUAUACAGACGCGCUGCUGACAUGUUGCAAAACGAGCCUGAUAAUAAUUUCAGCAUCACUUUUCAUUCGGAUCGAUCUUCAUCCCGUGGCCAUCGUGGUCAAUUCUUACGCCCCGCAAAAGGAGAAAUUGCUGCUGUUGUUCCUAUUUCCUCUUCCAACAUCACCCCUUAUCGCGACGUCGUUAUUCACCGCCAACACCAUGGGCUUCUCCGCAUUGAUGAAUUGCAUCCUCUUUAUGACCCUUUGCACUAUGUUCUCAUGUUCCCACGAGCUAUCUUCCAUGUCUUGGUACGUUUGGCUCAUCACCGCCUGUCGACAACAUUUAUAAUAGGCCGCUCAACAAGAAGACAACAAGAGAACAAUCCCGAUGACGAAAGUAACGGCACAAUUACUGCUAUGCGCUUUUAUGCAUACAUGUUGCAAGAUCGCGAAAACCAUUACAUGGUUUACUAUGGUCGCCUAUUCCAUCAAUACGCCGUGGACAUGUAUAUCAAGGUUGAGCAGCAGCGUCUUCGGUAUAUUGAAAAAAACCAAAAGAAGUAUCGUUCGGAGGCAUUACAAGGUGUGAUCGAUGCAAUGGGCAACGAGACCUCAAGAGACAUUGGUAGCCAUAUUAUCCUUCCUCCCAGUUUCACUGGUGGUCCACGUGACAUGCAAUCACGAUACCAAGAUGCCAUGGCCAUUGUUCGUGAGCUUGGUGAACCUGAUCUCUUUAUCACAUUUACAUGCAACCCAAGAUGGCCUGAAAUUACUUCCGCUCUUAAACCUGGCCAAGUUGCUGCCGAUCGCCCUGACUUGACAAAUCGAGUCUUUAAGCUCAAAUGCGACCUGCUUAUGAAAGAUUUGACGACCAACCAUGUCUUAGGUGAGACAAUUGCUCACUUCAGGGUGAUUGAAUUCCAGAAACCAGGCCUUCCCCAUGCGCAUAUACUUCUCACCUUGGAUCCCAAUUGCAGACCACGUCGCCCACGUGACUAUGAUCAAAUCGUUUCGGCUGAGAUACCGGACCCAGAGUUACAUCCCGCAGCAUACGAAACGGUUACACGUUUAAUGAUGCAUGGACCUUGCGGUGAAGCUUUCCCUCAAGCACCAUGUAUGGUGAAUGGUCGUUGCAGCAAAGGCUACCCACAUGAUUUCAUUGAAGAGACAACGGAUGCCACAUCUGGAUAUCCCAGCUACAGGAGACCCAACAAUGGCAGGCGUUAUCGCAUCUCAGCUUCCGUAUCCCUUGACAACCGUUGGGUGGUACCACAUAACGUGGUCUUAUGUACCAAGUAUAAUGCCCAUAUCAAUGUCGAGAUUUGUUCCUCUGUUAAUGCUGUAAAGUACCUCUACAAGUAUGUCUACAAAGGCCACGAUCGCGCGUUGAUCUCCAUGCGUCGAAAUACCAGGCAACAGCAUGAGCAGCAACAACAAGACGCCGUCAUCAAUGAGAUCCAGCAAUAUACCGAUACCCGUUAUGUCUCAGCCUCAGAAGCUUUAUGGCGUCUAUUUUCUUUCAGCCUCUUUCAGCGCUCUCCUUCUGUGCAGUUGCUCUUGCUGCAUUUACCAAAUCAGCAAGCAGUAUACUACAAUGAAAGUGACGACCUUCAAACAGUCGUUCAACGUACUAUGGAUCGACCAACCACUUUGCUUGCUUUUUUCGAUCUUAAUCGACGUGAUCCCAAUGCACGCCAGUAUUGUUAUCCUGAAAUACCCCUCCACUACAUUUGGAAACUGAUACCUUGCCAUACCAUUGGGCACCACGCCAAAGAGGUCACACUAUCGGUUCCAGGUCCUCGAAGCUUUGAAGACUUACGCAGAGUACAUGGCCACCUAUACAAUACCUUUGUGGAUGCUGCCAAGGCACGUGGUCUUUUGGAGGAUGAUGAUGAGUACCGCCAUUGCUUGCAAGAAGCCAUUGGACACUUUACAUCAGCUCACCAGCUACGUCAACUUUUUGUCACCAUCUUGACAUUUGGCAACCCUCUUAAUCCUCGGGAAUUGUGGGAACAACACUCCGCAAAUUUGAGCCUUCAAGAUAUCCCCGGCAUGCCUUCGUUACCUGAUGACUCCAUAUUUGAACAAUCACUCCCUUCAGCACAUGUACAAGAAGCAACAACAGCCGCUGGCGGCAUGACACCUGAAGAAUUUGCAAGUCAUGUUGAUGCAUUGAAUACGGAGCUGCGACUCAUCUUUGACACUAUUGUGAAUGCUGUGCAACACAAUAGUGUUCAACAACGCUUAUACUUUAUCGAUGGCCCUGGUGGUUCUGGAAAGACGUUUUUGUAUAACACUUUACUCGCCUACAUUCGCACACGACUCGACCAAUCGGCAAUUGCUGUGGCGUCCACGGGUGUGGCUGCACUUCUUUUGCUUGAUGGUGCCACUGCACAUUCGACCUUCAAGAUCCCCGUGGAAAACUUGAAUGAGAUAUCAACCUCCGCCAUCUCGGUGCAAACGGAACGUGUACAACAACUCCGCAAUGCCGCCUUGAUCGUUUGGGAUGAAGCACCCAUGAUGAAUCGCUUUGCUGUUGAAGCCGUGGACCGCACAUUGCGUGACAUCAUGAGUAGACAUGAUCCAUUGCUCAAUGAUGUUCCCUUUGGUGGCAAAGUGGUUGUCUUUGGUGGUGAUUUUCGCCAAACACUUCCUGUGGUAAAGGGUGGUACCCGUACACAGACCACUGCUGCAAGUAUCUCCCGAUCUUACCUUUGGCAGCAUGUACAAGUAUACCACCUCACUAUCAACAUGCGUCUCCAAAACCUCAACGACAAUACUCAACACGGUCAUCAACAACGCCAAUUUGCUCAAUACCUACUUGAUAUUGGUGAUGGCCGUAUCCCCACAAUUUCCCCUAAUUCCGAUUACAUCCGCAUUAAUGGCGACAUCCAAUGUUUGGCUGGCUCCAACAUUUAUCACAUGGUUGACACUAUAUACCCCCAUCUUCGCACUACCGAUGCUGCCAAUGCUGCCCAACUUGCUCAAGCGGCCAUUCUUACAACCACCAACAACUGCGUUUACCGCAUUAAUGCUGUUGCCACUGAAAUGUUUCCUGGUGAAGCAUAUGACUAUCUCAGUGCUGAUAGUGUCUACCACAGUGUAUCACCCACAAGCAAUGAUCAACAUCAAGAUAUCCCUAUUGAGUUUUUGAAUACACUCAAUCCUAGCGAAUUGCCCGCCCAUAAGCUGUCACUCAAGGAAAACAUGCCGCUUAUUCUCUUGCGCAACUUGCGCCCUGAUCAAGGCCUGUGUAAUGACACCAAACUCAUAUGCCGUGCCUUGCAUCGAUACUACAUUGAAGCGGAGAUCGCAACCCCUGGCCCUCAUGCUGGUACCACUGUGCUGAUUCCGAGAUUGAAGCUUACUGCCAAAAUCGAGGGUACCGCUAUCGAAUUAUCUAGAAAACAGCUACCAGUGCGACCGGCCUUUGCCAUGACCAUCAACAAAUCCCAAGGCCAAACACUCUCAUAA